GUGGUUUGUUUGUUUACCUUACACAUACACUAGCCACUGAUUAUUCAGCAGCAAACAUCCGCAAGGAUUGAUCUUCAGUACUCUCCCGAUGGAUCCAAAGAAAAGUACUGAGAAUGGUGUGGAGGACAGUACAGGAAGUAGUGAUGAAGAUACUGAUAUUUGUGACCAGGACAGUGUGGCCAGCAGUGUGGACAGCACAGCAGAGGAAAUGUUUAUGGAUGGCCUUGACUCUGUUUUAGAUCGGCCUUCAUGUGACAUUUACACACCAGAGGAGGACUGUGAUUCAGAGGACAACCCACAGCAGAGAAAGAGAUCCCAUCUGUCCUUCACAUCUUCCACUGCUGAUAGGGAUGGCAGAGAGAGUGAAAAUGAUGGUUUCUCUGUAUCAAUAGAAAGGUGGCACAGCUCAGAUGAAGCAGAUGUUGAACCGCUUCAGCUGGAUUUCACUCCUGUCCAAGAACCUGGGCCAAAGUUUUUACCAAAUAGGCUUAAAAGUCCUCUGCAGUUUUUGCAACUGUUGUUUCCAAAGACAAUGAUGCGAUCUAUUGUAGCGCACACAAAUGACUAUGGGACCAAGUGCAAAGAUGUGGGUGAUCAUUGGCUCUACAUUUCUCUGAAAGACUUGAAGUCGUACAUAGCACUGGUCAUUUACACAUGUCUCGUGAAGUGCUCUUUGCUGACAGAAUAUUGGAGGGAAUCACAUUACUUCAGUCCAUCCUUUCCUGCACAAGUCAUGUCUUAUCAAAAAUUUGUGACAAUCGCCAAUGCUCUUCAUUUCAGUAAUACCAAGGAGGAUGAGAAAAAUGACUCGAAGAAGGGAACAGCAGCCUAUGAACGGUUGGGUAAAAUUCUACCUCUAUAUCAAGUCAUUAGGGAGGCUUGCAAGACUUACUUUCAUCCCUUUCAGAACAUCACCAUUGAUGAAAGAAUAGUAGCAGCACAGCCUAGAACUGGACUCAAACGACGCAUCGAAAACCAAUCUACAGAUAGAGGAUACAAACUCUUUGCACUGACAGACUGCACCUCUGGCUAUACGUGGGACUUCUUUAUUUACGAGGGGAAGUCAUGUUCUUCACAGAGCGAGGGCUUGAGUUAUGAGUCCGUUAUUGCAUUGGUGGAUGAAAAUAUGUUGGGUUCUGGGUACAAACUGUUCGUAGACAAAUUUUACACCAGCCCCACACUCUUCAGGAACCUUCUAGGUAAAAAGGUCUGGGCUUGCGGCCCUGUUUUGCCGACCAGGAAAGGUUUCCCAAAAAAUUCGGUGAACAGACUGAGACGGAACGCUCCGCGCGGCACCAUGCGUUGGAUUAGGGAUGACGAACUGCUGUUUGUUGAGUGGAAAGACUUAAAGGAAGUGCAGAUGUGCUCCACCUUCCAUAAAGCCUAUGAAGGUGAUACUGUGCAGAGGAAGGUGAAGGGUGACACUCAACCGACCCAUGUGCAGGUCCCCAUUCCAGCUGCGGUGUUGGACUACAACAGGAACGUGAGGACAGUGGAUCCAUCCAGUUCCGUUACUGGGCAUUACAGAGUGCUACAUAAACCAAAAAAGUGGUAUCAGUGUGUUUUUUAUCACCUUUUGGACAUCGCCGUGGAGAAUGCAUUCAUUUUGUAUGAACUGGUGGCAAAGAGAAAAAAACAAAAAGCACUGACGCGAAAGGCAUUCCUAGAGAAGCUUGUUUUAGAGCUAACUGAAAUGGAUGAUGAGGACAGGUCUGGCUCUGCACCAGCUCCUUCCUCGUCUUCUCCUCCCGCGACUUCCUCAGCUUCUCCUGAAUCAUCAGUUACUGAAGGAUCCCACAAUCCCAAGUACUUCAUGUCGGACAGUACCGCUGGUAGACGUAAGUGCAGGCUCUGCCACCAGAAAACUCCAAUCAUGUGUGCGACUUGCGAAGUGCCACUGUGCUUUCAACCCAAGCGUGACUGUUUUAAUUACUGGCAUGAACGAGGUGUUUGAUUCAUGACUGUGUUCAAGGUAUGUAAAUGAAAGUUUCUCCUACUUUUUCAGGGUGCUCACUUGAAUAAUUAAAUAAAAUUCCUUUGUUCUAAAAUUGAAGUAAAUAUGGGUUGU